AUGUUACCAAGUACCGGCCAUUGUCAGCCUCACCUAAACGUCGCCUUUUUGAAGGUUCACAAAUGCGGCUCCUCUACAGUAGCCGACUUGAUAAAUCGAUUCGGUUAUAAGCGCAAAUUAAUCGCUGCUUUAGCACCGACAAGGGCCCACUCCAUCUUAGGCAGCUUUGGAACCAUUAAUGAGAGCGACUAUAAGCAUCCACCUGGUGGAAAACGGUGGAACAUCUUUACUCUCCACGCUAUAUACAACAGAACACGCUUCCACCAACUCAUGGAUCCCAAUACAAGGUAUGUUACUAUUCUACGAGAACCACUACGACGGCUGCAGUCUGCUUUCCAGUACUUUCAUCUUGAAACGAGAUUUCCUGGGCUUAAGAGACAGACUCCCCGUGGAAUUUCUUACGUAACAACGUAUCUUAAGAGGCCUAAGUUUUGGGAUAUGCGAUUCCGUCCACCUCAAUCCAAAGAAGACAGAGAACAUCUUUGCUUCAGGAACUGCAUGGCUCGCGAUUUGGGACUCAAAGAGAAUGAUUAUGACAACUUCAAUGCUGUUCAAGACUUCAUAGAAGGCAUAGACAAUGACUUUACAACAGUGAUGAUCUUAGAGUAUCUGCCAGAAUCAUUAGUUCUUCUAAAACGGCGAAUGUGUUGGACGUUUCACGAUAUCCUUUACUGGACGUCAAAAAAGCAGCAAUACAGACUUAAGGCAAACAUCACAGGCCGUAUGAAGGACAGGUUUUACAAACACAACCAUGCCGAUGUCAUGUUAUACACGCAUUUCAAAGACUCGUUCCAGAAGCAGAUCAAGAAAGAGGGCGCCGAUUUUCUACAAGAGGUUCAACAUUUUAAGCGCGUGAACGAAAACGUCUCAAUCUUCUGCCGAUCCAUCAAACCACAUACUUCAAGAAACAUGACUGUGCAGAAAAGCAAAUGGAGUGAGGCUUUCUCUGUCAACAGCUUUUUAUGUAAGAGUUAUGAUAAACCCAAUGUCAGAAAAUAUUGGUAUCCACUACUGCAAUCGGUGUAUCAUUAG